GCCGAGGCAAAAAUACAAAAUUCUAGCUACUCAUUUCACCAAGGUACCUACGUACCUGUUUUUAGGGUGAAAGAAACCACACCCUCUUAAAUUUCAUCUUCUAUCUGGUCUAGGUUUACCUGAAAUCAGUACUUGUUGAUCUGUAGUCUCUUGCAGUGUAUAUGUAUUUUAUUGAUUUUCAAUUUGAUAUUCAAAAUGUGUUUCGUUGAAUGUGGGAUUGCUGUUAUUUUCGUAUGCGUUGGAUUAUUCAUGUUGCUGUCAGGCUCAUCUGUAAUCAACUCCAAUGGAUCGAAUAUAUUACAGAUAUCAUUAUCCCAUUGUCAGACGGAUUUCAACGUGAGCAACAGAUCUAGUGUGUUCUUCUGUCCUACAAAAUCCGGCAAUGGAUCAAAUUUAGUGCGGGUAUCAUUAAAUCAUUGUCAGACGACUUUCGAUGUGAACGAAGGAUCUAAUGUGGUAUCAACACCAUCAGUGCCCCAGAGAGGCUCCCAGUCAGUUGGAAGAAGGAGGCGACCUCGCCGAAUAAUUCGGAAAAAAUCAUUUGAAUGAUUUAUAUUUUUUUCUUUUCUAAAAAACUUUUUUUUUCUAAAUUAUUGUAUCUUUUUUUAUAUUAAAAUUGAAUUUUAAAAACAUCAA